AUGACCGAACCUACACUAGAUGCGGCGGCGCAAGUCGCAGAAACAGAGCCCACGCCCAUCACAAAUGGCACCACAGCUACCGAGACAGCGGACGUGACAAUGACGGACUCGACAGAGUCACAACCCCAAACAGCGCCCCUCCCAGAAUCACGACCCGAAGCGGAACCCGAGGUGCAACCAGCACCUACCCCAGCACCCGUCUCAGCACCCACGCCGACACCCGCGCCCGCUGCGCCCGCCUCAUCGCGCAACUCACCUCACCCGAGCGGACCACAGCAAGCCCCUACACAGCCAAUACCGCACGGCAGCCCGACGCGCGUGUACCUGAACCAGCACGUCACGCCACACCUGCUGGAGGCGAUGAAGCAUUUGGCGACGAAUGAGCCGGAGAAGCCGUUGAAAUUCUUGAGCGAAUUUCUGGCCAUGAAGAGUGCGGAGAUUGAGGGUUAA